AUGGUGGAUUUCGAAAGAUAUCAGCAAGCUCUUAGUAUUGUAAAUCAAUUACUUGUUAAAGAUCUAAAAGCGUGUAAUAGAGUUUUGAAUUCAUGCCAAGGAGCUCAGUUGGAUUGCAACGUGAAAAAACCCGACCUUUGCAAAAAUUUAACUGAAUACAUGAAAAGGAUAAAGGAGACUAAUAUACCACAUACUAUAAAUGAAAUGUCUGAAAUUAUAUUGCGGAAAGGUGUACAACAGCCAAGAGCUCCUUUGAAACCCUCAAACAUUACUCAUUCUCGCGUGCCGCCUAAUCUUAGUAAACAUAGACUUAUUAGUCCUCCUACGCCAAUCUACGGUUUGAAUCAUAAUAUUCAAUUCAGGUCAUCACCAUUUUACGAUAUUAUAGAAUUAAUUACAGAUUUCCGAGUAUUAGACGGAUCAAAUGACAAUACGCGAAAUUCAAUCACUAUUGACUUCCGCCUAACAAUAGAUCAAGUUCGGUAUCUUCAGACGUCAAGGAAUGUAGCAUACUAUCAAAUACGCUUAUUCUGUUGUGCCGAGCCUUUCGAAAAUGGAUCUUCUGGUACUGACGCAGUAGUUGAAUUUCCACUAAUGUGUGAGAUUCAGGUUAAUGAUGACACAUUGCCAGCUAAUACUAGAGGAAUUAAAAAGAUGGUUGGUUCAGUACACCCGAUAGACAUAACGCCGCUUUGCAAAAUAAAUUCAACUUAUCUAAAUAAGCUUAAAUUUGUAUAUUUAAUUAAUCUUCAGUUGAUUAAGAAGAGGUCAGUUGACUACAUUGUAGAACAAAUAAAAAAUGGAAGAAUAAUCACAAAAGAAGAAACAUUGAGAAAGUGGCAAAAUGCUGCCGAGGAUGAUAUAGUUCUUGGAUCGAGCCAAAUUUCACUGAAAGAUCCGUUGGGGUAUACGAGAAUCCAGGUUCCGUGUAAAUUUUCUCGUUGUAGACAUGUACAGUGUUUCGACGCGUACUUAUUUUUCCAAAUGAAUGAGCAAACACCGACUUGGUUAUGUCCUAUUUGCAAUAAUGUUGGAACAUGGUCUGAUAUUGUAGUGGAUGGUUAUUUUGCCGACAUACUUAAUAACACGUCACAGGACCAGGAACGCAUUAUAAUUGAACCAAACGGUGAAUGGUCUGUUCAGAAAAAACGGAAUAUUUCGGAAGAGCCUUCUGUUACGAAAAAGACACGUUCUGUGGAACCACCAAUAGAUGUAUACGUGAUAGAUGAUUCAGAAGACGAGAAUCCUCCUAUACGGCCAAGUAAACCGAUUAAAUCGCAUUCGUCUUCAUUUAAUGGGAGAGAGAUAAUUGACCUCACAUUAAGUAGCGAUGAAGAAGAUACUUCAGCAAUCAACGGUAACAAAGGUAUUAUCAGAAGUGCUACCUCAGGUAUCAACAGAUCUUCUGUUAAGUUAGAAAUUCAUCAAGAUUCAAAUAUCCAAACACAACCUAUAUCAUCUAUGAAGGUAGCAUAUUCAUCCCCAACGUCUCAAUCCCCAACUUUUGAUAAUUCUAUCUCUUCCCAUCUAUAUGACCAUUUUGAACUCCCCUUAAGUAAGUCGUCGCAUUAUUAUGAUAAUCCAGAACACGCGUUAAUCACUUCCCCUGGUUCAAUAGGAAAUAGUUACGGAUAUUACAUGGGUGCUGAUCCUAAUUUUCACAAUGAAUAUGAUAAUUAUGAUUUUUAA